AUGGUAGACGCAGAAGCGAACGUACCAACAUGGAAAUUCACACAGUGUUUUGGUGAUAAGGGGGACGUGGAAGACAUCACAGAAGCCGAUAUCAUUUCCACUGUCGAGUUUGACCACACCGGCAACUACCUUGCGACAGGCGACAAGGGCGGCCGUGUGGUUCUGUUUGAGCGCAAUGAAACAAAAAAGACUUGCGAAUACAAGUUCCACACCGAGUUCCAGUCACACGAGCCCGAAUUCGAUUACCUCAAAUCGCUCGAGAUAGAGGAGAAGAUCAACAAGAUCAAGUGGUGCCGACGGCAAAAUGCGUCACACUACUUGCUCUCAACAAACGAUAAGACGAUCAAGCUCUGGAAGGUGUUUGAGAAGUCUCUCAAGGUUGUGGCCGAGAACAACCUCUCUCACGACCUCACCCCCGGGAGCAUAGCGGGCGGAGGCGGUCCCCCCCGCCCCCUACCCAACGUCCAGUUCCGCAAUGCCGGUGACCUGAAGCUCCCCAGGAUGACCCACCAUGACACCGUUGUGGCUGCCGUACCCCGGCGGACAUACGCCAAUGCACACGCAUACCAUAUCAACAGUAUUUCUGUGAACAGUGAUGGGGAGACAUUCAUCAGCAGUGACGAUUUGAGGAUCAACCUAUGGAACCUGAACAUUCAGGACCAGAGUUUCAACAUUGUCGACAUCAAGCCAGCCAACAUGGAGGAGCUGACUGAGGUGAUCACAGCUGCCGAGUUCCACCCCAUGAGCUGCAACUGGUUCAUGUACGCCAGCUCCAAGGGCACCAUCAAGCUAGCCGAUAUGCGGGAGAGCGCCCUUUGCGACCAGCAUGCCAAGAUGUUUGAACAGGAAGAAGACCCAUCGUCCAGGUCGUUCUUCUCCGAAAUCAUCUCCUCCAUCUCCGACGUCCGCUUCUCGUACGAUGGCCGGUACAUCCUCUCCCGCGACUACCUGACCGUCAAAAUCUGGGACGUAAACAUGGAAAGGCAGCCGAUCAAAACCAUCCCGAUUCACGAGCACUUGAGGCCCAGGCUUUGCGACACAUACGAGAACGAUAGCAUUUUUGACAAGUUUGAGGUAGUGUUUUCAGGCGACGGCAAGAAUGUCAUGACGGGAAGCUACAACAACAACUUCAUGAUUUAUCCGUCAGAUCCGGAGCAAGAGGUGGAGGUCGUGUUGCAGGCCGACAAGUCAGCCUUCAAGGCGAAGAAGGUCGGGGUACCCACACCCAUCAACGCAUCUGCGAGCCCGACGGCAAAUGGAAAGAAAGGUGGCUCCCGGGCAGGGAGCCCGUCUGCGCCAGGUCAGGGCCAAAGGAUGCGAAAAGAGACGGAUGCGGACCAGAUCGACUUCAACAAGAAGAUCCUCCACAUGAGCUGGCAUCCUUUCGAAGACAGUAUUGCCAUUGCUGCGACCAAUAAUCUCUUCGUAUUUUCGGCGUUGUAG